GCGGGUGGGCGGGGCUGCAAGGAGCAGGCGGUGCCGGGGCGCCUGGGAGAGAGGCGCAGCGUGCGCGGGCACGAGGCGUAGUGGCUUCCCCUAAGGCUGAGGCGGCGGCGGGCGCGCGGCGGUGGCGGGCGUGCGAGGCGCGGGCUGUUGUGCUCCCGGCUCUCCUCUUUCCCCUCCUUGGCGGGUAGAGGAGGCCAAAGCGGUGCUGGGCGCGCUCCGUCUUCCUCUCCCUCCGGCGACCUACCCCGGCCCUCUCGCGCUACGCUGUCUCUCCGACGCAAGACUGUCCCGGCCCGGAUAUGGCUCGUGGACAGCAGAAGAUCCAGUCUCAGCAGAAAAACGCCAAAAAGCAAGCUGGACAAAAGAAGAAACAAGGACAUGACCAAAAGGCUGCUGCCAAAGCUGCCUUAAUAUAUACCUGCACUGUCUGUAGGACACAAAUGCCAGACCCUAAGACCUUCAAGCAGCACUUUGAGAGCAAGCAUCCUAAGACUCCACUUCCUCCAGAAUUGGCUGAUGUUCAGGCAUAAAGUUGUUUACAGGUGAAUUCAUGACACCUUUGACUCUUCUACUGUCUCAGACCUUAGGUAACAAACCUGCAACUGCUUUUCUAACAAACUGUUGAUCAGCAAAAAUAAAGGGGCUACAGAAACACUCAUUUUUAUGCUGUUCCCUUUUGGGCUUCAUGCAAAGACAAUUCUAUGUAAAUGUACAGUUGACUCUGAUUUGGAAACCUGAAAAUCAGUCCAUCCUUGUUAUAAAAAAUUUUUUUACAAUUGUAAUUAUAUUGAUGUUCAUAUUGUGUAAAAUAACUCAUUUAAUAAAGUAGUACUUUGAUUUUACAACAUCACAGGA